AUGCCUCUGGACAGCUCGACGUACGCCUUGGCGCAUCUGCGCGUGGAUGGGCGACGAUGGAACGAGCUCAGGCGUAUUCAUGGCCAGAUGUCCACUCAAGCCGCUGCAGAUGGCAGCAGCUAUUUCGAGAUGGGCAAUACCAAGAUCAUAUGCACCGUUCUUGGACCCAGACAGCAGACAAGAGGUGGCGGAAGAGACCAGAGUAGGAGCGCGAGCAUCGAAGUGGAAAUUGGCAUUGCUGGAUUCAGUGGCAUGGACCGCAAGAAGAGAAGUCGAACAGACAAGCGCACACAGGAGAUGCAGUACACAAUAUCAUCUGCUUUCGCGAGCACGAUUCUUACUUCUCUCUAUCCACAAUCCACCAUAAGCAUUAUGCUGCAUGUGCUGUCACAAGAUGGAGCGCUGCUUGCCGCUUGUUUGAAUGCAGCUACGCUUGCCCUCAUCGAUGCUGGGAUUCCCAUGAAAGACUAUGUUGCUGCAUGUACAACAGGCUCGACGGCUUCAUACGCUUCGAAUGACGAAGAAGCAGACCCGCUUCUUGAUCUGAAUGGGAUGGAGGAGCUCGAAUUACCCUUCCUGACUAUUGGAACUAGCGGAGGCGAGGACAAGAUCAACGUCCUUAUCAUGGAGACAAGAGUGCAAGUGGCUCGUAUGGAAGCUAUGGUCACCGUCGGUCUUGACGGCUGCAAGCAAGUGCGGCAGUUGCUUGAUCAGGUGGUCAGGAAUCAUGGCAAGAAGCUGCUGAAGGGCAAGUGA